CUUGAAAUUGAACCUUUUGAUGGAAGUGGUGGCGGCCAGCUGGGUGUUCAAUCAUCAAUGGCUUCCGCCCCUGUGCAGCGCCAGCCCCUGGUGAGCUGAUUGCUGCCUCUCUGAUCGCCUGCGCGCUGCAGGCGCCAUGUCCAAGCUACAGGGCCGCCCCGAAGCGGUCGCAAAGCAGAUUACGGCCGUCGCAUUUGGAUUCUACACUGAGGAGGAGGUGCGCGCCAUCAGCGUGAAGCAGAUCACGUCGCCCGUCCUGUUUGACAACCUGCGGCACCCCGCUGCAGAUGGCCUCUACGACGCGGCGCUUGGCCCGCUGGAUGCCAAGGGCAGCUGCGCAACAUGUGGGCUGGGCUACUACGAGUGCCCCGGCCACUUUGGGCACAUUGCGCUGGCGGUGCCGGUGUACCACCCGCUUGUGUUCCCCGUGCUCUACAAGCUGCUGCGUGCCACCUGCCUCCACUGCCACCACUUCAAGAUGGAUGCCAAGCGGGUAGCGCAGUUCUCGCAGCGGCUGCACCUCAUUGCGGCAGGGCGGCUCAAGGAGGCGCUGACCCUGGCUGACAUCUACGGCAGCGCAGACAACAGCGCUAAGAAGAAGAAGGGCGACGAAAUGGAAGGGGAAUCUGUGGAGGACACGCCCCCACUGCCCGGGGUCAGCAGUGCGCUGGUGCUGCAGGACGCGCCCGCGGUGGAUGUGCCGGCAGUGCGAUGGACGUCGCAUUGCCUGGCGGCGGCCCGUGAUGUUGUGCGCGAAUUUUUGGAGAAGGUGCCCAAGGCCAAGUGCGACAACUGCAGCGCGAGCGCGCCCGCACUCAAGGUGGAGGGCAAGAACAAGAUCUUCCAGAUGCCGCUGGCGCCCAAGGCGGAGCGCGCCAAUGCAGUGCUGGGCAUCCAUCUGCGCAGCGUGCUGGAGGGGGCCGCGCCUGUGGAUGUGACCAUGGAGGACACAGCGGGUGCGCAGGCGGUGGAGGGAGACAGCGACGAGGAGGGGGCGCUCCCACUCGCCGCGCCGGCCCCUAAGGCGACUCCGGACAAAGGGAAGCGGCGGCCGCAGUUCCUGACGUCCGUGGAGGUGCGCGAGCACUUGCGGCGGCUGUGGGACAGCGAGGGGCCCCUGCUGCGACUCAUCUGGGCGGCAGAGGCUGGGCCGGUGGCGCGGUCACGUGCCGGCGAGCGUGCGGCGCGGCGUGGCAACGAGGCGGACGCGCUGUUCCUGCAGGCGCUGCUGGUGCCGCCCAACAAGUUCCGGCCCACCAACAAGCUGGGGGACGUGCUGUUCGAGCACCCCCAGAACUUCCACCUCCAGCGCAUCCUGACCGCCAACAUGACACUCGCGGAGCGGCUGCGCGCGGGGGCGGGCUGGACGGCGGCGUGGCUGGAGCUGCAGCAGAACGUGAGCGGCCUGCUCGACAGCACGGCCGCCGCCAGCGCGCGCGCCGCGGGCCCGCCCGGCAUCCGGCAGCAGCUGGAGAAGAAGGAGGGCCUGUUCCGCAAGAACAUGAUGGGCAAGCGCGUCAACUACGCGUGCCGCAGCGUCAUCAGCCCGGACCCGUACAUCGGCGUGGCCGAGAUCGGCAUCCCGCCGUACUUCGCCACGCGCCUCACCUUCCCCGAGAGCGUCACCCAGUGGAACGUCGACCAGCUGCGCGCCGCCGUCGAAAACGGGCCCGACGUGCACCCGGGAGCGACCCACGUGGAGAACGAGCGCGGCGUGCUGGUGAACCUGGCCGGCCGCACGGCCCAGCAGCGUGCGGCGAUCGCGAAGACGCUGCUUUCGCUGCCGGGCGCGGGCGCGGGCACGUCGGCGGCGCGCGAGGGCGCCAUGCAGGGGCGGCGUGCGGCGGCCAAGGCAGUAUACCGCCACCUGCGCGACGGGGACUGCGUGCUGGUGAACCGGCAGCCGACGCUGCACAAGCCGGGGCUCAUGGCACACAGCGCGCGCGUGCUGCGCGGGGAGAAGACGCUGCGCAUGCACUACGCCAACUGCAGCACCUACAACGCGGACUUCGACGGCGACGAAAUGAACGUGCACUUCCCGCAAGACGAGCUCGGCCGCGCCGAGGCCGCCGCCAUCGUCUCCGCUGAUGAACAGUACAUUGUGCCCACCUCCGGCGCGCCCAUCAGGGGCCUCAUCCAGGACCACAUCGUGGCUGCGGCCUUGCUGACGUCACGCGACACGUUCCUGACUCGCUCUGAGUACGCGCAUCUGGUGUACGCCGGCUGCGGCCCGCUGCGCACCGUGGCCGUGCCGGGGCGCGCUGCGGACGGGCGGCUGCUGUGCGUGGACAAGGUCUACACCGAGGCCGACGUGAAGCUCCUGCCGCCCGCGCUCGUGCGGCCCCGCCCGCUCUGGACGGGCAAGCAAGUGGUGACGACGCUGCUGAACCAGCUGACGGCGGGGCAGCCGCCCCUGACGUUGACCGCUGGCACCAAGGUCCCCGCGGACUACUGGGGCCGCAGCAGCGGCGAGACGGAGGUGGUGCUGGCGGGGGGCGAGCUGGUGGCGGGCGUGCUGGACAAGGCGCAGUUCGGCAAGUACGGCCUCGUCCACGCCGUGCAGGAGCUCUACGGCGCGCAUGCCGCGGGGCGACUCCUCUCCGCGCUCUCGCGCCUCUUCACCGCCUUCCUCCAGAUGCACGGCUUCACGUGCAGCAUCGACGACCUGCUGCUCACCCCCCCGGCCGAGGCCAGCCGUGCAGAGCGCAUUCGCACUGCGGAGAACGAAGUGGGCGAUCGCGUGCACGCCACCUUUGGAGGGGUCGCGGCCAAGGACCAGGAGGUGGCUGACGGCGCGGCCAUCCGCGAAGGCGUGGGUGUGCGGCUGCGCACGGGCGGCGUGGCGGAGGGCGUGCGGCUGGACCUGGCCAUGACCAGCGCGCUGAACCCCAUCACCAGCGCCGUCAUCAAGGACUGCCUGCCGGGGGGGCAGCGCCGCCCCUUCCCGCACAACACCAUGAGCCUCAUGACCGUCACCGGCGCCAAGGGAUCCAUGGUGAACGCGAGCCAGAUCAGCGCUCUGCUGGGGCAGCAGGAGCUGGAGGGCCGCCGCGUGCCGCGCAUGGCCAGCGGCAAGACGCUGCCGUGCUUUGCGCCCUUCGACACAGCGCCGCGCGCAGGCGGCUUCAUCGCCGACCGCUUCCUGACCGGCCUCAAGCCGCAGGAGUACUACUUCCAUUGCAUGGCCGGGAGGGACGGGCUGGUGGACACCACGGUGAAGACGUCGCGCAGCGGGUACUUGCAGCGGUGCCUGGUGAAGAACCUGGAGUGUUUGGCGGUGGGGUACGACCACAGCGUGCGAGACAGCGACGGCGGCCUCGUGCAGUUCCUGUACGGCGAGGACGGCCUCGACGUGACGCGCACCAGCCACCUGCGCAAGCUCGACUUCCUCGCGCGCAACCGUCACGCCGUCACCGCGCAGGCCUGCCUCGACGGCCUUGACGACGCAGGCGUGGAGCGGUUGAAGCACAAAAAGUCCAAGGCAGACCCUACGGCCGGAACGCGCGUCGAGGAGGACGACCCGCGCGAGCAGCAGCUGACGACGGCCCAGGACAGCAACCCCCCCAGCACGCUCGGCGCAGUGUCGGAGAGCUUCCGGGACGCGCUGGAUGGCUUCCUGACGAGCGCCGCCGCCAAGGGGGCGGGCAUCCGCGGCAAGGCGGCGCGCGGCGAGUUCCGGCGGGCCAUGGAGGCGCGCUUCAUGCAGAGCCUGGCGGCGCCGGGGGAGCCGGUCGGGGUGCUGGCCGCGCAGAGCAUCGGGGAGCCGUCGACGCAGAUGACGCUCAACACGUUCCACUUUGCGGGGCGGGGGGAGGCCAACGUGACGCUGGGGAUCCCCCGGCUAAGAGAGAUUCUGAUGACGGCGGCCGCGAAGAUUGCGACGCCCGUGAUGACGAUACCCAUGAGAAAGGGCGUGGCCCGCAGCGAAGCGGAGGCGCUGGCGCGGCGGCUGACGCGGGUGACGCUGGCGGAGGUGUGUUCGGGAGUGGAGGUCGGGGAGCGGCCGCUGGUGCGCGCGGGGGGCAAGAACAGCCGCACGUACCGCAUCACGCUGCGCUUCCACGCCGCUAAGCAGUACCCCGCGGGGCUGGAGCUGAGCCUGGAGGAGCUGGCAGGCGUGGUGCGGGAGGGGUUCGUGGGGCGGCUCAAGGCGGCCAUCAAGGCGGCCAACAAAAAGGGCGCGCGCACGCUGGGGACGGUGCAGGUGAAGGGGGGGGACGAGCAGGCGGGGGAAGGAGACGACGAGGAGGGGGGGGGCGGCGCGAGGCGGGGCAGGAGGAAAGAGCAGGACGAAGACGAGCCGGAAGGCGGCGAGGAGGAGGGCGAGGACUUGGCGCGCGAGACUGCGCGGCACACGCAGAACAAGAGCUACGACGAGCCGGACGAGGAGGAGGCCGCCAUGGCGGACAGCGCGCGGCGGCAGGCCGAGGAGCAGGAGGGGCUCGGAUGGGGGGAGGAUGACGACGGGGGCGAGCGGCCGUCCACGAGCAACAGGGAAAACGGCGAGGAUACAUCAACGGCUGUCGUGCCAGUGCGGGGGAAGACGGGCGCGGCGGGCAAAGCGAAAGAGACGGAGGCGGAGGCGGCAGCCAGGGUGACGGCGGGGGACAACAGCUGCAGUGUAGAAAUCACGGUGCCGGUCGGCUCGCCCAAGCUCAUGAUGCUCGAGAUCGUGGAGAAGGUGUUGGCGGGGGUGGAGGUGCGGCACGUGCCCGGCAUCGCGCGCGCGUUCGUGCUGGAAGGGGAGGACUCCGCGGGGCAGAUUCGGUUACAAACGGACGGCAUCAACUUCGAGGGCGUCAUGAAUUACGCUGACGUCGUGGAUGUCGACAGGAUCACUACCAACGACGUCACCGCCAUGCUGCGCAUGUACGGCGUGGAGGUUGCGCGCGCGACGAUCCUGAGCGAGGUGUCGGCGGUGUUUGGCGCGUACGGCAUCGCGGUCGACCAGCGCCACCUGAGCCUCAUCGCCGACUUCAUGACCUUCCACGGCGCCUACAGGCCGUGCAACCGGCUGGGCAUCGAGAGCAGCCCGUCGCCGUUCCUGAAGAUGAGCUUCGAGACGGCGACCCACUUCUUGACGGACGCCACGCUGCAGGGCCAGACGGACCACCUGGAGUCGCCCUCCGCGCGCAUCGUCGUCGGCCGCGUCGUCGAGGUCGGCACCGGCGCCUUCGACCUCCUCCAAAACGUCGGCCUCGCGCGUCCCGCGGCCGCGCCCGCCAGCAACGGCAGCUAGCCCCCCGGGGCGCACAACAAUAGUGGCCGGAAACCGUGUGUACAGAACGUGCGGGGGACGGUUGUGGUUUAAGAUGGGUGCGUCCUCAGCAGGACAAUGCGAGUUACUUGUUUGAAUGAGCUGGUAAGGCAAGUGUUUUUGGAACCUAUGCUGUUCAACAGGCCAGAGUAAGGUCUGUGUUUUCCGGACUAGUUGCAUACUACCUUUGUCCAAUCUAGUCGGGACUAAAUCCAUCAUGUUACAACUCAACAAGAUUUGCUCAGGCGGCAAGCUUUGCCCUUGUGAGCAAGUGUUCAAGGAGUCACGGCCUGAGCGGAGUCUUAUGCCGGGUGAACCAAUGGGACAGGCUGCCAGAGCGGUGUCUGCGCUGAGCUUCUGGUUGCACUAAGGCUGACGGGACUCUAGUCCAAGCGCGUUGUGAUGGAGUCUCUGAAUUCGUCUGGCCGGCCCUGCGCAGGAUUGUCUAGCUUGCAUGAAGCUACCGUCUCGAUUUUCCCUGCAACGUUUGCCACGAUCGGAUUGCGCCCUUGAUUGCCAACGCUAACAUGUAUAGCCGCAGGACAUUCAAGGGGAUUCUUGUAGAAGAAGGUCCAGGGCACCCUAGCCGCUGCCAGAGCUAGAUCAGUACGAUGGCUGUCCGAUCGCAUAGGCUGGCAUGCAAGCAGAGUUAAAUCUUCGACUGAGAACCGUGACUAAAUUGAGAAUAUGUAUUGCCAAGAGCGGAGAGUAGCACGAGCCUGUGUUUUAUCCCUCGAAUUUAUAUUACGCGAUUUAAUUGGACCCAUUUCGCGUCAAAGUUUUAGAUGGCCCACGGGCCACAACCUUCCUCCCGGCCAAUUUUGCUUAAGUCGUCC